AGCUGGUUUCCUUCCGCCCGCCCGCCACAGCUCGCUGCCCUCCGCUCCCACAUUUCAAAGGAAUAACCUUUUCCUUAAGAUAUACCAUUUCUCUGUCUCUCUCUUUCUUCGAUGCAGCUCAGGAGAGGACAGGAGGAGGAGGGAGAAGGAAUGAAGCGCAAUACGUAGAUCUUCGAGCUUCCAAUCUCAUGUUCAAAUCCUUUCUUUCCCCAAUAUAGAAGCGAGAACCGAAAAACCCCACAACGCCAUGGCUGUCCCGUCGCAAGAAUCGCAAGAGAGCCAAGAGAAAGAGUUUCUGGGUGGGAAGAGGGAAGACCAGGAGAGCGACGAGGAGUCGUCGCCGAGAGGCGUGUUGGAGGUGGCGAUCUCCGGCUCAGACUCCGACAACUGCAGCCGGAGUAGCAGCUUCGGCUCUUCGCCGCCCGACAAGCCGGCAGCUCGCCACCAUGGCCUGCACUGGAGAAGCUUGAUUGGGAGCGUGAGGUGGAAGAUGAGCUUGAGGAGGAAGCCGGACAGUUUCCGAAUCGACGAUGACGGCGAAAUUGAUACCGGCGACGUGGUGGCCCCGGUGCCGAAACCGUCUUGGAGGAACUUCACCCACCAGGAGCUUGCGGCGGCUACUGACAAUUUCAGCUCGGAGAAGUUGAUUGGGAAAGGCGGCCAUGCCGAAGUCUACAAAGGAUGCUUUCCCGAUGGCCAAAUUGUGGCGGUGAAGCGAGUAACAAAGAAGGAGAAGAAGGACGAGGAUAGAGUCGGCGAUUUCUUGUCUGAGCUUGGGAUUAUAGCGCACAUCAACCACCCGAAUGCUGCUAAACUGAUUGGUUUCAGCUCCGAUGGCGGUUUCCACCUUGUACUCCAAUUCUCUCCCCAUGGCAGCCUCGCCUCCGUCCUCCAUGGUGGGAAAGAGAUUCUAGAUUGGGAGACAAGGUUUAAGGUUGCCCUUGGUGUAGCCAAUGGAUUGCGGUAUCUCCACUGUGAAUGCCAAAGGCGCAUAAUCCAUCGAGACAUCAAAGCCUCCAACAUUUUGCUCACUCAAGACUAUGAUCCUCAGAUAUCUGACUUCGGGCUGGCAAAAUGGCUCCCACAAAAUUGGGCUCACCAUGUUGUGUAUCCGAUUGAAGGGACUUUCGGGUACAUGGCUCCUGAAUAUUUCAUGCAUGGAAUAGUGAAUGAGAAGACUGAUGUGUUUGCCUUCGGGGUUUUGUUACUGGAACUCAUAACAGGUCGUCGUGCUGUCAAUUCCUGUCAACAAAGCCUUGUAAUGUGGGCAAAACCGCUGCUGGAAAAGAACAGCGUGAAGGAGAUAGCUGAUGGUGGUCUGGGAGAGGCUUACGAUGCAGGGGAGAUGAAGCGCGCCAUGCUCACUGCAUCGGCCUGCCUGCAUCACUUGCCCAGCCUGAGGCCAGGCAUGAACCAGGUUGUGGAGCUGUUAACGGGCGAGGGAGGAGGAGCAGAGCCGAGGGAGAAGGCGGCGGGAGGGAGAACAGUGAUUCUGGACGCCUGUGACAUGGAAGAUUACUCUUCCACAGCCUAUCUCAAUGAUCUGCAUCGCCAUAGGCAGCUUGUUUUGGAGUGAAGAAUGGUUCCCAGUUCCAAAAAUCUGUGUUUUGGUGAUUUUCUGAUGCUAUUUGCUGAUAGCAGAGGGGCCUUCAUUCACAACAGAGGAAGAUGGAGAGGAGGGCAUGAUGGUGGAGCUGUUUGAGCAUGUAAUGGGCCAUUGUCAUGGUCAUGGUUACGGCAUGUGUGAAAUCAAAGUUUUUAUUCAUUAACUUGUA